AUGGCGUCGAUAAAGCCCCAGAAGCGGAAAGUGCCGCGAUACUACGAGGAGGAGAAGCCACCGCUCCCGCCACAGAGCAAUGACCAGGAGAAGCAGCCGCCCCCAGAACAGGGGACUGAUCAGAAGGGGGAGGGGGGACGGAGGCGAGAACGUAAAUCGGGGAAGAGGGGCGGCAUAGAUGUGAUAUCCGGGGCAGAGGACCCGUUCCCUGGCGAGGCCCCCGUGCCUGAGGAUCAGCUGGCGAAAUAUGAGCGAGCGAGGAAAGAGACCAGUGAAACUGACGGCACAAAACACUUCCAGAAACAUUUGCGGUUUGAAGAGGAGAAGGUGGAGACGGCGCUGAGCCAGGCCGCCCGACACGACCUGUUACUGCCCGAGGAGUCCGGGUACCUGGAAGGAGACGAGGGCGAGGACACCAGCACAAUAACCCAGCAGGACAUCGUGGAUGUGGUGGACAUUACCAGCGCCUCAAAGCAUUUUAACCUUUUCCUCAACCAGUUUGGACCGUACAGAAUCAACUACUCCCGAAAUGGAAGGAACCUCCUCCUGGCCGGUCAACGGGGUCACAUCGCCUCCCUGGACUGGCACACCAAGAAGCUGCGCUGCGAGAUGAAUGUGAUGGAGACGGUCAAUGACGUCAGGUGGCUGCACACAAAUACAAUGUUCGCAGUGGCUCAGAAGAAGUGGCUGUACAUCUACGACUCGCUGGGGGUGGAGCUUCACUGCAUCAAGAGGUUUAAUGACGUUUUACGUAUGGAGUUCCUGCCAUAUCACUUCCUGCUAGCGACGAGUAGUGCCACCAGCUUCCUGCAGUACCUGGACGUCUCUGUUGGGAAGGAGGUCUCAGCCAUUUGUUGUAAGGCCGGAAGACUGGGUGUAAUGUGCCAGAACCCGUACAAUGCCAUCAUCCACCUGGGCCAUUACAAUGGAACUGUCUCCCUCUGGAGCCCGUCUGUAAAGGAGCCCCUGGUGAAGAUGCUGUGCCACCACGGAGCAAUCCGAGGGAUGAGUGUGGACAAGACUGGAAUGUACAUGGCCACUUCCGGUUUAGACAGAAAACUGACGAUCUACGACCUUCGAACUUACAAGCCUUUGACGUCCUGCCGCAUUCCCUUGGGGGCGGGGUCUCUGUGCUACAGCCAGAAGGGUCUGCUGGCCGCAACAACUGGCAAUGUUGUACAGAUCUAUAAGGACACUCACAUCACCGAGCCCAAAGCUCCAUACAUGUGCCUCUCCGUGAGGGCACCAAUCCACGGGCUCCAGUUCUGUCCCUAUGAGGAUGUCCUGGGAAUCGGUCACGGCGGAGGAUUCACCAGCAUGCUUGUACCAGGGGCUGGCGAGGCCAACUUUGAUGGCCUGGAAUGCAACCCGUAUGAAUCCAAGAAGCAGAGGCAGGAAUGGGAGGUCAAGGCUUUGCUGGAGAAGAUCCAGCCUGAGCUCAUCACUUUGGACCCCACUCAGUUGGGAGAGGUUGACGUCAUCACCAUGGAGCAGAAACGGAAAGAACAAGUGGAGAGAAUGGGCUAUGAUCCCUACGAGAAGACUCGCUUCGCUCCUCGACAUAAGCUGAAGGGAAGAAGUUCCAGCGGGAAUAUCCUGAAACGCAAGAAGAAGGUCGCACAUGAGGAGAAGAGGGAGGAGAUCAAGAAAUCGGUAGAAAUCCGCAAGAAGGAGCUGAAAGAGAGGGAAGCCGCAGCUGCUGAUCCCGGUCCUCGGACAACAUUGGACAGGUUCAAAAAGUGA